UGAAAAGAUCAGACAAAGGCAGCAGGAAGCCCCUCGGCUUGGCAAUGAGUGCGAGCGGAGCAGAAACGCGAAACGAAACCUCACUCUUUUAUCUGAUAGCGGACUGAAUUUAUUUUCUCCCGAGGUUUGUGGCAGUUUUAGACAUCUUUUGAAAAUGUACGACCGUCUGGAUCCCCGGGUCGAGCGAAGACUAUUAUCAAAGCGCCAAACGGGCAGCAGCGCUGUCUGACCGCCCGUUCGCUGUCGGUCUGAAUCGGAUCAAGCGUCUUUUGGGAGGCAUUUUUGCAUUUGAAUCCUUCCUACGCCACUGAAAGGAUCGCUCGGGACGGAGAGUUGUCGAUUUACCCAGUUAAAUGUGAAAAGAAAAGCUUGAGGAGCUUUCUAAAAGCCUUUUUUCCCCUCCUAAGGGGACAGCGAGACGCGACGGUGACCGUUGGUGGGGGUUUGCCGCCGUUUGUUUUCUUGAGCGCGCGUGGAAGAUGGAGACGCACAUCUCGUGUCUCUUCCCGGAGAUUUUAGCCAUGAUUUUCAGCUACUUGGACGUGAGGGACAAAGGCAGGGUGGCUCAAGUGUGUACGGCGUGGAGGGACGCGUCCUACCACAAGUCCGUGUGGAGGGGGGUGGAAGCCAAGCUGCAUCUGAGGCGGGCGAACCCGUCCCUGUUCCCCAGCCUCCAGGCGCGAGGCAUCAGGCGGGUGCAGAUCCUCAGCCUGCGGCGCAGCCUCAGCUACGUGAUCCAGGGGAUGCCCAACAUCGAGAGCUUGAAUCUGAGCGGCUGCUAUAACUUAACGGAUAACGGCCUGGGGCACGCGUUCGUGCAGGAGAUCCCAUCCCUGAGGGUGCUCAACCUGAGCCUUUGCAAGCAGAUCACGGAUUCCAGUUUGGGCAGAAUAGCGCAGUAUCUGAAAAACUUGGAGGUGUUGGAACUGGGCGGCUGCAGUAAUAUCACGAACACGGGCUUGUUGCUCAUUGCGUGGGGUUUGCACAGACUCAAAAGUCUUAAUCUGAGGAGCUGCCGGCAUGUGUCGGACGUGGGCAUCGGGCACUUGGCCGGCAUGACCCGGAGCGCGGCGGAGGGCUGCCUCAGCCUGGAAUAUCUGACCUUGCAGGACUGCCAAAAGUUGACGGACUUGUCCCUCAAGCAUAUAUCAAAAGGUCUGACUAAGCUCAAAGUGCUCAACCUGAGUUUCUGCGGGGGCAUCUCGGACGCUGGCAUGAUCCACCUCUCUCACAUGACGAGCCUGUGGAGCCUUAAUCUGCGUUCGUGCGACAACAUCAGCGACACGGGCAUCAUGCACCUCGCCAUGGGCACGUUGAGACUCUCCGGACUCGACGUGUCAUUUUGCGACAAGAUAGGCGACCAGAGUCUGGCUUAUAUCGCGCAGGGCCUGUACCAGCUCAAGUCUCUGUCGCUGUGCUCGUGCCACAUCAGUGACGAUGGCAUCAACAGGAUGGUGCGCCAAAUGCACGAGCUGAGGACGCUGAACAUCGGUCAGUGCGUGCGGAUUACAGACAAAGGACUGGAGCUGAUCGCAGACCACUUGACGCAACUGACCGGCAUCGAUCUGUAUGGAUGUACGAAAAUCACUAAGAGGGGACUGGAGAGGAUCACGCAGCUCCCCUGCCUUAAAGUUUUGAACCUGGGCCUUUGGCAGAUGACUGAAAGUGAGAAAGUGAGGUGAAACUUGGGGGGUUUCUGAAGAGGGAGAGAGAGAGGGAGAGGGAAGUUGGGCGGGAGGGGGAUGGGUGGAUUUCAAUAGAGCAAAGUACAUAAAAGAGGCUUAAAAUGCUGAAUGUGAUACAUGUGUCAGUUAUUGCUAUUAACACACACAAAAGUUGUUUUUUCCAUAACAAAUCGCAAUAUUAAACCUCCUCUCCAAGUAUCGCGAUAUUUUGGCUACCUCGUUAGAUGUUACAUUAUAUUAUUACUCUUAACAAGAAUGAAAAUUUGUGCCUAGAAAAACAAUUCCCUCCCCCUGUAUCUCGUCUUUGGCUUAAGGAAAGCAAAAAAAGAAGAAGAAAGAAUGAAAGACAGGAUGGAUUGAGACUACCUUUUUUUAUUUCCCUUCCUUCAGCUAGCCAACAAAAAAGCAAAGGGUUUCAAAACAAGUCUAUGAGUAGGUAGUUGAUAUCAAAUUUCAAGCAUUUUUCAACUGUCCUGUGAUUAGACAGUUCACAUUAAAAUAUUUGAAUUCGUAACUUUUUGUGAGAGACUACAGCUGUCUUUGUACUUCUUUUUAAAAUGUAUUUAUCACACCACAGGAUCAUUUAAAAUUAAUUGGAUUAAAAAUGAGAAACAAAUAGUUACCAGUCCCAGGACCCAAAAUACGCAUUUUCCAUUAUUGACACAAAUGAUAUACUCAAAUCUCGAUGAUUAAUAAAGAAAAAAGUUCAUGGACAUAUUAUGUCAACUGCCCUUAUGCAAAGACAGACAAAAAUACUGGGUUUGUACACUAAAGCAGCUUUUAUAUUUCCAAAUGCUUUUAGUUUUUGCUCAAUUUUACAGGCCUGAAAGCCUUUAAUUCCUGCUUUGAAUAAGAGGUUGCCUCUGCUGAUGUAUUUAUGCUUAUGUAAGCAGAUAUUAAUUAAUGGCAGUGUUUCAGAGCGUUGUACUUCAAAUUGAAGUGAAUUUUGUCCCUGAAAAAGAAAAAAACCCUGUUUGCAAUUCACUGACACCUUGUUUGCCUCUUCACAGGGCUGAAACAGGGAACAUCGUGUUAUAAAACAAUCUGUCUGUUUUAAAUACAUUAAUAUUCAACUUUACAAAUAAAAGACAUGGUCGCGAGGAGGGUAACACGCAAAAUGCAUGUCAGGCCUAUAUAUGUACCAUGAUGUAUCGACCUGCAACAUGUAUUGAGUCCUGCUGAGAAGCUACUGUGUUCUAAUGUACUGUAAAUGUAUUUGUAAAAAGAAUCCCAAAUUAAAAUGUUUUAUAUUCUUACAGUAAAAACAUUAAAGUUGAUAUUUAUAUAAAUAAAAGAGCCACUUGGAAUUUC